AGAUUAUCCAGCCCUGCUAGCUGCUGGCCGGGUGUCUUGAGUCUGAGAGUCGAUGUUAAUUUUGUUUUCCAGUUUUCCUGUUUGAAUUUAAAGGAAAGGUUUUCAGUGAAGGAGAGACGUCAAUAGCAGAAUUGCACUUCACAAUUUGUGCAAGGUAGGCAAUCAUCAUGUCUGGUGUUGGGCAGUCUCUGGGAGGUUCGUCCACCAAGGAAGUGAAUGCAGCCUCGCUUUGUCGCUUUGGACAGGAGACCGUUCAGGAUCUUGUGACAGAAACACAGGAUAUGUUCAGCAACCUUAAAGGAGUUCAGCUACCCAAUGGAAGAAAUAACACACAACAGAGUCAUCAGGACAAGGUUGCUAAGUUGCAAGAUAUCACCAAGCAUAUUGAGGUUCACUUUAAGAAAUUACGGCUUCUCUAUAAGAAGUGCAUCCAGAUAUCAAGCGGAGUACAUACAGCAAGUGGCACUCACACGCCCAGCGAAGAACUCAUCAUGUGGAAAGAUGUCUUCAGCAGUAAAGAUCUGAUAGCUCUAGGAUCAAGAGAAAAAGCUCAGUAUCUCAAUGACGAACGACUUCAUCUGAUGGAGCAAUUGCAAGCCAAGAAUCAUCAGUUAAGACAGGUGAUGGAACAGAUGAGGGCUCUGAUGUGGGACAUUAACACCAUGCUUGCGAUGAGACACUCGACACCAUGCUUGCAAUGACACACUUAACACCAUUCUUGAAAUGAGACACUCAACACCAUUCUUGAAAUGAGACACUCAACACCAUUCUUGCAAUGAGACACUCAACACCAUGCUUGCAAUGAGACACUCAACACCAUUCUUGCAAUGACACACUCAACACCAUUCUUGAAAUGAGACACUCAACACCAUUCUUGAAAUGAGACACUCAACACCAUUCCUGAAAUGAGACAACACCAUGCUUGCAAUGUGACACUCAACACCAUGCUUGUAAUGAGACACUCAACACCAUUCUUGCAAUGAGAUACUCGACACCAUGCUUGCAAUGACACACUCAACACCAUUCUUAAAAUGAGACACUCAACACCAUGCUUGCAAUGUGACACUCAACGCCAUUCUUGAAAUGAGACACUCAACACCAUUCCUGAAAUGAGACACUCAACACCAUGCUUGCAAUGAGACUCUCAAUACCAUUCUUGAAAUGAGACUCUCAACACCAUGCUUGCAAUGUGACACUCAACACUAUUUUUGCAAUGAGACUCUCAACACCAUGCUUGUGAUGAGAUACUCAACAUCAUGCUUGAAAUGAGACACUCAACUCCUUGCUUGCAAUGAGAUACUCAACACCAUACUGUUCUUGCAAUGAGACAUUCAACACCAGAUUGGAAAUGAGAUUGUUCUGAGAGAGAAUUGUGAAUACAAAAGCUGUUGAGAAGAAUGUCCACACAGAAGGAGCAGUGAUCUUGUGUGAUAUGAGACACUCGGAAGAGCAGUAGAAGGUUUUAAAAAAAUGGUGUUGUGACGUUUAAACUUUCUAGUAGCAAAUCACCAUAAUUCACAUGUCAAAAAGACUCGGUGAUCGAUUUUUGGUCUUUAAAACUGUCAAUGUCCACAGAAGAGGAGCAUUGAUCAUGCAUGCUAUGUUCACCAUCAGAUUGUAAAUAAAGAGACUUUGAUGCCAUUGGCUUCCAAGAUUUGCUACGUCCACAGAGAAAGAGCAGUGACUAUGAAUGCUAUGGGACAUUGAGCAUCAGAUUGUAAAUAGUGAGACUGUGAUACUGGUGGCUUCUGAGACUGUCCAAAGAGAAAGAGCUGUGACUAUGAAUGCUAUGGGACAUUGAGCAUCAGAUUUUAAAUGAAAAGACAAGUUAAUUAGACAGUGGCUUCCAAGAAUUGAAGACUUGUCACUGUCUGAUUAGGAAUUGACCAUACCUAAGCUUGAUACAGUACAUUCAUUGUGAAGCAAUUGAGAAAGAGAGAAGUGUCUGCCAAGUUUGCCAAUGUGUAUGGGUAAGGGAUUAAAGAGACAGAAGACAAUUCUAGAAAUUGGAAUGAAUGGCCUCUUUUGUUAACAGAGUACUUGAUUACUUUAACUUUUGCAUUUUGUCAUAUGGAAAGCAAGCAACACCAUAAUUGAGGAUGCAUACAUAUGUCCAAGCACAAUGCUUGUGUGAGAUGACCUGAGUUUACAGUUGAGGUCGAAAGUUUACAUAUAACCAUGGAAUUCAGUGAGAUUUGUUUGCUUUGCCAAACAUCGUAAUAUUUACUAUAUCUUCAGACAUUUGAAUACUACCAUGACGAAUAUGGUACAUGUAUAAAUGAAAGAGCGGAUUAAGCUCUUUCACAUGAUUGGGAUACCAUUGGGAUCAAAGUAUAU